GGCAGGAACUGGGCGGGCGGGCGGCUCCGAGAGCAGCCGAAACCCGGGCCAGAGCCACCGGCAGUAAGCUUGGAGCCCAGCGGGGCUGGUACCCAAAAGCCCCGGGCCAGCGGGACACUGUGGGUGAGCGCGGGUCGGGGGCCGUCCGGAAUCUACUAUGAACUCCAAAAAGAAAGGGAGCCCCGCGCGGACUCAUUCCAUGAUGUCCCUGUCGGUGCGGCCGCAGCGCCGCCUGCUCAGCGCCCGGGUCAGUAGGAGCCAGUCCUUCGCAGGCGUCCUCGGCAGCCACGAGCGCGGGCCCAGGAGUUUCACCGUCUUCAGCCCACCAGGGCCUCCUCGGAAGCCCCUAGUGCUCUCCCGAGUGUCCAGGAUGUUUUCCGUGGCUCACCCAGCCCCCAAGGUGCCACAGCCAGAGAGGCUGGACUUGGUGUAUGCUGCCCUUAAGCGGGGACUGACGGCCUAUUUGGAAGUGCAUCAGCAGGAGCAGGAGAAGCUCCAGCGGCAGAUAAAGGAGUCCAAGAGGAAUUCCCGCCUAGGCUUCCUGUAUGACUUGGACAAGCAAGUCAAGUCCAUUGAACGUUUCCUUCGACGGCUGGAGUUCCAUGCCAGUAAGAUUGAUGAGCUGUAUGAAGCAUACUGUGUCCAGCGGCGUCUCCGGGAUGGUGCCUACAACAUGGUUCGUGCCUAUAGCACAGGGUCCCCAGGGAGUCGAGAGGCCCGAGACAGUCUGGCCGAGGCCACUCGAGGGCAUCGGGAGUACACAGAGAGCAUGUGUCUUCUGGAGAACGAGCUGGAGGCACAGCUGGGCGAGUUUCAUCUCCGGAUGAAAGGGCUGGCUGGCUUCGCCAGGCUGUGUGUGGGCGAUCAAUAUGAGAUCUGCAUGAAAUAUGGCCGACAGCGCUGGAAACUGCGAGGCCGAAUAGAGAGUAGUGGAAAGCAGGUGUGGGACAGUGAAGAGACUGUCUUUCUUCCUCUACUCACAGAAUUCCUGUCAAUCAAGGUAACAGAACUGAAGGGCCUGGCUAACCACGUAGUUGUAGGCAGUGUCUCCUGUGAGACCAAGGACCUAUUUGCUGCCCUGCCCCAGGUCGUGGCUGUGGACAUCAAUGACCUUGGCACCAUCAAGCUCAGCCUAGAAGUCAUAUGGAGUCCGUUUGACAAGGAUGACCAGCCCUCAGCUGCUUCCACAGUGAACAAAGCUUCCACUGUCACCAAGCGAUUUUCCACAUACAGCCAGAGCCCACCAGAUACACCCUCACUUCGGGAGCAGGCCUUCUAUAACAUGUUACGGCGGCAGGAGGAGCUAGAGAAUGGGACAGCAUGGUCCCUGUCUUCCGAAUCUUCAGAUGAUUCAUCCAGCCCACAGCUCUCAGGCACUGCUCGCCACUCAUCAACUCCCAAGCCUCUGGUGCAACAGCCUGAGCCCCUGCCCAUCCGAGUUGCCUUCCGAAGGCCAGAGACCCUCAGCUCCGGUUCCAUGGAUGAAGAGCCAGCUGUGGCCCCAACCCUGGUCAAUGGGCACACCCCUUACAGCCGGACUCUCAGCCACAUCAGCGAGGCCAGUGUGGAUGCUGCCUUGACUGAGUCUGUGGAAGCUGUGGCCUCAGAAAACCUCACCCCAGGACCUAGACCACUUGCAUAUCCUGAUGCCACCCAUGUGGAGCAUUUCAGUGGUGUUUCUCCUGUCGUAGACACUGGCCAUUCUGCCACAAGACCCACCCUCAGUACAGCUGGCCCUGCCCCCACCUUAACAGCCCCUGCCCCAUCUGCACAGAUAGACCUAGUUCACAAAGCCACAGACUCUGGCUCUUCUGAGUUGCCAAGCCUCACACACACUACUACAGACCCUACCUGUAGGGCGGGAAGCCCUCUCAACAGUGUUCCAAGCCUAACGACCACUGCUAUAGGUCCUGCCCACAAACCCACACCCUCUACCCUCUCGUCUACAGGCUCUAUCCCCAGUGCUACAGGCCCAGUCCAGGCUACCACAAGCUCUCCUCACACUACCCCAACCCCCACCCGUACCACUGUAAGCCUCACCCACACUACCGCAAGCCCCACACAUAGCACUCCAAGCCCCGUGCACGCUACCACAAGCCCUGCCCAUACCACUGUAAGUACUGCCUGCACUACUCCAAGCCCUGCCGAUGCUAAACCAAGCCCCAGUCAAAGUACCACUAGCCCUACCCCAAAACCCAGGAUGUCAACUCCUACCACUACAAGUCAUACCACCAGUGCUGUGGGCCCAGUCCAGACCACUACAAGCCCCAUUUCUACAGCUGAAAGCGCUUCCCUUUCUAUAGACCUUGCUAUAAUUUCCAGCUCCUCUGCAGACCCCACAGUCCCAGGAACUGAACCUCUAUCCUGUAAUCACCCAGCCUCCACUCCCUACACUAAAACAGACCCCACAGCACCUCCCAUCUCUUCUGCUUCGAAGCCCCUCACAAGUCCUGCCCCAGGUUCCCCAGAACAAAUCCUUAAGAGCCCAAGUUCUUCCUCACCCAUAGCCCCUGCACCCCAACAUUCAGAACUCAGCCUGACCACAGCUGCUCAAGUUCCAGUCACUGAAGCAACUGGAGGUGCUGGGGACAGAAGGCUUGAAGAGGCUCUGGGGACCCUAAUGGCUGCCCUGGAUGACUAUCGAGGCCAGUUCCCUGAGCUGCAGGGCCUGGAGCAGGAGGUGACUCGGCUGGAGAGUCUACUCAUGAGACAAGGCCUGACUCGAAGCCGGGCCUCCAGUCUGAGCAUCACUGUGGAGCAUGCCCUGGAGAGCUUCAGCUUCCUCAAUGAUGAUGAAGAUGAAGAUAAAGACAAUGAUGAUCCUGGGGACAGGCCCACAAGCAGCCCAGAGGUUGUGGCAGAGGACAGACUAGAUUCAUCAAAUGCCCAGUCUCUAAGCACAGGGUGUCCAGCCCUGGAUGCCACUUUGGUCCAGCACCUGUACCACUGCAGCCGCCUCCUGCUGAAACUGGGCACAUUCGGGCCCCUGCGCUGCCAGGAGGCAUGGGCUCUGGAGCGGCUGCUGAGGGAGGCACGUGUGCUCGAGGUAGUGUGUGAGCGCAGCAAGCUGUGGGGGAAUUCUGCCACAUCUGCCCAGGAAGUGGUGCAGUUCUCUGCCUCUCGGCCCGGCUUCUUGACCUUUUGGGACCAGUGUACAGAGGGACUCAGCCCUUUCAUCUGUCCUGUGGAGCAGGUGCUCCUCACUUUCUGCAGCCAGUUUGGUGCCCGUCUUUCCCUGCGCCAGCCAGGCUUAGCCAAGGCUGUGUGUGUGAAGUUCCUGGAAGACGCCCUGGGGCAGAAGCUGCCCAGGAGGCCCCAGCCGGGUCCUGGGGAGCAGUUCACCAUCUUCCAGUUCUGGAGUUAUGUAGAAGCCUUGGAUAGCCCCUCCAUGGAUGCCUACGUGACAGAGACUGCAGAGGAGGUGUUGCUGGUACAGAAUCUGAACUCCGAUGACCAGGCUGUUGUGCUGAAAGCUCUGAGGUUGGCACCAGAGGGACGCCUUCGAAGGGAUGGGCUUCGGGCUCUUAGCUCCCUGCUGGUCCAUGGCAACAACAAAGUCAUGGCAGCCGUCAGCACUCAGCUUCGGAGCCUGUCACUUGGUCCCAUCUUCCGGGAAAGGGCUCUUUUGUGCUUCCUGAACCAGCUUGAGGAUGAGGAUGUGCAGACCCGAGUGGCUGGAUGUCUGGCUUUGGGCUGUAUCAAGGCUCCUGAGGGCAUUGAGCCCCUGGUGUACUUGUGCCAAACAGACACAGAAGCUGUGAGGGAAGCUGCCCGACAGAGCCUACAGCAGUGUGGGGAAGAAGGACAGUCCGCUCAUCGACGGCUAGAGGAGUCUCUGGAUGCUCUGCCCCGCAUCUUUGGGCCCAGUAGCAUGGCCAGCACAGCAUUCUGAACUCUCCAAUCAUCGGUUCCCAGUGCUCCUUCCCCCAUUUUCAGGGUUCACCAGGCACUGCUGGGAGGGUGAGGGCUGGUUCCAGUCACCUCCCCAUAAGCUCCUAUCAAUGAAAAUCUAAUAUAUUCUUCUGUUACCCCUGGGGUUGGUAGAGAGACUGAAAUGAAGUGCCUCCCAGCCUUGGUUCUGCAUAUCCUUCGCCACAGAUAGUGUCAGGGGCCUGGCCAUCUGGUCAUCUUGCUCUGCCUCUCCACAUCCCUUGGUUUUUGUAUUUUAUUUACAGAGUUUUACAGAAAAUAAAAGGCAAAAUGUGUUUCCUA